AUGGCGCCCGAUAGAGGGCCUCACUCAUGCUCCGCCUCCACCUCUGACAUCGAAGACCAUGAACUGUCCGCCCCCUCUUCGUCCAACGUCCUUGCACAGACGAGUCAACAAGGCAUUGCUCCAACCCGAUCCGAUCGUGCCUGCUAUGCCAGCCCUCCUGCAGUCGGUUCAGCUCUUGACGAAACCAAUUUCACCCUGCGAGGGAUUGCGGUGGGCACGGCAAUUGGUGUAAUCAUAUGUUUCUCAAACACAUACUUCGGUCUCCAGACAGGAUGGGUUUCUGGUAUGGCAAUGCCGGCAUCCUUGAUUGGAUUUGCAGUCUUCAAGGCUCUCUCGCCCUAUCUUGCUCUUCCCUUCACACCCGUAGAAAAUGUUCUCGUGCAGACGGUAGCCGGCGCCGUGGGAACGAUGCCCUUGGGACUGGGUUUUGUCGGAGUCAUGCCUAGUCUGGAAUUUCUGCUGAAAAAGAGCGAGGGCGCACCUAUCGACCUCAGCUUAUGGAGACUUUUCGUCUGGGGAGUUGGCCUCUGUCUCUUCGGCGUCGUCUUCGGCGUCCCCCUCAGGAAGCAGGUCAUCAUCCGGGAACGGUUAAAAUUUCCCAGUGGGACUGCCACAGCCCUUAUGAUCUCUGUCCUCCAUGGCGGAGCGGAGAAUGACGAGGUGAAGGAUCGCGAGAUCGAAACACAGGGCACAGAGGAACGCGAAGAGUUAUUGAGAGCUAGUGAACGAGACGACCAAACAAGUCAGCCAGAUGAACUGACCGUUCGAGCUGACUGGAAGAAACAGAUUCGCCUCCUGGUUGUUGCAUUCUCCGGAUCUGGGGUCUAUACUGUGGUCCAAUACUUCCUUCCAAUCCUCCACAGGUUGCCCAUCUUCGGCACCUAUCUCGCACACACCUGGGUUUGGGAUCUCAAUCCAUCUCCGGCAUAUGUUGGCCAAGGCAUCAUCAUGGGCCCGGCGACGACAUUCCAUAUGCUUCUCGGCGCCAUCAUCGGCUGGGCAGUUCUCAGUCCGAUCGCAAAGCACAAAGGCUGGGCUCCGGGACCAGUCGACGACUGGGAGACAGGAAGCAAAGGCUGGAUUGUCUGGAUUAGUCUGGCUAUCAUGCUUGCCGAUGCAAUUGUGAAUCUCGGCUGGUUGUUGCUACUGCCAACGGUCAAAUACAGUCCCGACUGGGUCAGAGCAGCGAAAUCUCACUAUCAAAGUAGCCACUCGUGGGCUGAUUUCCUGCUCGGAAAACAUUUCGCUGGAUAUUUCGCACUCGACGGUUCCCCACAGACCCCGGCCUCACCACCCAAAAGAGCCCCUGCGGAAGACUCUGACGAGCCCCCUGACGAUGCGCCAGCACAUCACCUAGUCUCUGGUCGCACCGUAGCUAUCCUCCUACCCCUGACCCUGAUCCUCUGUGUUGUCUGCAUCCAUAUCACCUUCGGCAAAUACAUUCCCAUCCGACUAAACAUCCUAGCGAUCAUUCUCGCCCUGCUUCUCUCCAUAAUGGGCGUUCGGGCCCUGGGCGAAACAGAUCUGAACCCGGUUUCUGGCAUAUCGAAACUGACCCAACUAGUCUUUGCCGUCAUCACUCCCACGGGUCGGUAUGCAAACCACGCCAUAAUCAUCAACCUUCUUGCCGGAGCUGUCAGCGAAGCCGGCGCUUUGCAGGCCGGCGACAUCCUACAGGACCUGAAAGCGGGCCACCUGAUUGGUGCGAGCCCCAAAGCCCAAUUCUACGGGCAGAUCAUCGGCAGCCUCGUGGGCGCGUUUGUCUCCGCAGCCGUUUACAAGCUCUAUGUCUCGGUGUACCAAAUUCCGGGCGAGCUUUUUGAGAUCCCCACAGCAUACGUCUGGAUCUUCACCGCACGCCUAGUCACCGGCAAGGGUUUGCCUCCGAUGGCAUGGCAAUACGCUCUGGUGGCAGGUGCGGUUUUCGUUGUUACGACGUCUUUGCGGAUCUAUCUUCUCGCCUACCGUGAUGAGAGGCCAUGGUGCCGGACUCUCCACCCCUGGAUCCCUGGCGGCAUAGCGGUGGCCGUGGGCAUGUAUAACACGCCCAGCUUCACGCUAGCACGGACUGCGGGCGGCAUCAUAAGUUACUGGUGGGUCACCUGGAAGCGUCGGGGCGAGACCAAGGUCAUUGUGCUCGCCAGCGGCCUUAUCCUCGGCGAGGGUGUCAUGAGUAUCGUCAAUCUUGUAUUGGCCAGCCUCGGCGUACCUCAUCUGUGA